AAUAUACCCAACUCCCCAAGUGCUGGUCACGGGGAGUGCCCACGAUCGCGUGUAGCAGGUACUGCGAUGGGGUAGUGCUCGGUGGAGGAGCGGGUAGGCACGACAACAGCGGCCUGAGUGAACCCAGCAAAUCUGCCCGUGUGCUGCAGCGUUGUCAUCGUUGAGCAAGCAGAAUGGGACAGGCAUGCUCUUGUAUGAGCGAUAGCAGUCCGGGCGGUCAUGCUGACGAAGGAGCUGCGGUGGUACGCCCAGGCAAGGGUCAGUUGUAUGCACUUGACCGAGGCAGCGCUAAGGAGGAGAUGUUGGAUGGAGCCAUCAAUAGUGUGCUCAAGGAGCAGGCAAAAGCAACCAAGCCAGGGCUCGUGCAGCCCACAGCUGGGGAAGCCGUAAUUGAGGACUUUGAUGCGCAGCCAAAGCGCACUGCUGUCUUCGACCUCGAUGCAGUGGAGCUCAGGGACCGCUGCGACUCGGCCUACACACCGCAUGUGGUGCCGUUUGAAAACAUGAGCCCAAUUAGCGAUGGACGGAGCUGCCAGGAGUCGCAGAAGGGUCUGCCUUAUGAGACAGUCAACCUGGGUCCUCCCAAGCCGCCAUGCAACGACGAUCGCGUGGCCACGAUCCGGGCUCUGGACUGCUCUGAUGGGCCGCCAGACCCGCAAAUUGAGCACAUAAUCCAGCUGGCGUGCACAGUGUUUGGGACGUCCAACGCGCUGGUGGCGCUGCUGGACUCGGAGCGCAUCAUCAUCCGCAACGGCAGCGGCAUGUUUGCGCCGGGCGACUUCCCUUGGCGCUACUCCUUCUGCGGCUACACGCUCACGCCCCAGAACCCCACCACCAUGGUCAUCGAGGACGCCCACAAGGACGCUCGGUUCAAGGACAACGUGUUUGUGAACGGGGACCCCCCGGUGCGGUUCUACUGCGGGACGCCGCUGGUGGCCAGCAAUGGGCACCGCCUGGGGACGCUGUGCUUUGCGGACCACGAGCCGCACAGCUUUGACGCGGAGCGCUGCAACAUCCUGAACAACAUGGCGGAGCUGUGCGUGCGCGAGAUCGAGCGCGACUACAUGCUGCGCCAGCAGAGCCAGCAGCCCUCCGAGCUGGAGCUGCUGAAUGCUGGCAUGAAGCGCGCGCUGGAGGCGUUUCAGGAAGCCAUCCUGAUGGUGGACGCCUCCUCCCAGGACACAUGGACUGUGCUCCACGUCAACAGCGCGUUCCUGCAGCAGACUGGGUUCAAGAGGAACGCAGUGGUGAAGGGCGACUUCUGGGAGGUGUUUGGCAUGAAGGACAGCGCUGAGGUACCCGAGACAGUGAGGGAGACGGCGCUGCUGGGCAAGGAGUUCACCAUCAGCAACCUGGUGAUCAGGGACAGCGCCAGCCUGGACCCUGCCGCCGCCUCCGCAGCCCCCGGUCGCCUCUUCAACAUGGGCUUCAGGCCGGCGAACCGUGACCAGCUGGACGACAACAUGCUGGCCAUCGGCGUUCCCUCCUACAUGCCCUCCUCCAAGAAGUCCGGCCGCGGCCUCUACUUUGUCUCCAUGCGCGAGGCGGCCGCAAUCACCUCCAUCAACUCCACCUGCAGCAGCCUGGGCGAGUGCAACCUGCGAGAUCCACCCUUCGCGGACCUCGAGCUGGGCACGCUGCUGGGCAAGGGCGGCUACGGCAGCGUCUACCGCGGAUCCUACAAGGAGCAGCGCUGCGCCGUCAAGGUGAUCGAGGACCUGAAUGCGAUUACAAUGAUUGACGGGAAGCCGCUGGAAGCUGUGAUCACAGAGGGCAUGCGCCACCCCAACAUCGUCAACACAAUCGCACACACCGUGCAGCAUGCGCCGGCGCCGCCGCCGCGGCAGCCGCGCACACACGACUCCGCACACAGCACCCUUCACAGCAGCCCAGGCACCUCCACAACUCCGCGCAAGGCCCCUAAGGGGCUGCAGUCGGAGGGCGUUGCCUGGCUCCUGCUGGAGUACUGCGACAUGGGCUGCCUGCAGGAGGGAAUCGACAAGGGGUGGCUCAGGGAGGAGCGAUCGCUGACCUCGGCAGAAGGCGUGCCCUGCAUGGCCACCAUCCUGGCCGUGGCCCUGGAGAUCGCGAGCGGAAUGGCCUUCCUGCACGAGCGCGACGUGGUCCACGGCGACCUCACAGGAGGGAACAUCCUGCUGACGAGCAGCGCAGAACAGGCGCACGGCUUCACGGCCAAGGUGGCAGACUUUGGGCUGGCGCGCAACCUGGCCAUCACGUCCAAGGUUGAGACCCGCACCUACGGCACCAUCACCCACAUGCCCCGCGAACUCCUCUGCAAUGGCGUCCUCUCCAAGGCGGCUGACGUGUACGCGUUCGGAGUGCUGCUGUGGGAGAUGAUGGCGGGCUGCCGCGCAUGGGCGAGCAUGAAGCAUGCGCAGGUCAUGCACUGUAUCGUGGUGGAACAGCGCUCGCUUGUCUUCCCGCCGCACGCCCCGGCCGACUACGCCGCCUUCGCCGAGCGCUGCCUCUCACACGAGCCCGCCGAGAGGCCCAGCUUUGAGCAGGCCUGCGCCGAGAUUGCCGCCCUGCAGGCCAAGCUUGCCUGAUGCGUGGCUGCGAGAGUGUGUCUUUGCCAUUGUCACCUGCGGGAGGGCUGAAAGGGCAGGCAGAGAUUGCCUGGCAAAUAACUGAGAGGGUAUCAUGCCAAUUUCCAAUGGAAGAGAGGGGCACUGUAUCAGAUCGGCAUAAAUAAAGAGAGCUCCGAUCAGGAGCGAUAUGACACCAUCAGUGCUUUGAUGCAGCGAGAGCUGCAGCAGUCAAGACAGGAUGCGUUUUUGCAACAUGAUGAGUCUGCUACGGAUGCUUUCUGAUGAGUCGGGUGUCUGUGCCCAGUCACUUAUAAUAAUUCAUUGUCGUCACAAGGCAGGCCUUGACAAGCAGGCGCUGCCGCACGACCACUCUCACAAGCGUUGCCAUUGUGCACGGUUUGGAGACACACCUAUGUCAUGAAGGUUCCGUAUUACGUCAAAUAAGAUUGUAUCGUAUUGGUUGGUGAGCAGAGUCAGGGCAUGGUUAAAGGAUCAGGAUGUUGGAGGGGCAGCUGCUCCUAGUGCCAAGGGUGAAUGAUGAUGAUUGAGCAUCUGCAUAUCCAGCUGUUGACUGGGUGUGUUUGAAAGUCAUUUAAUCGUUGCUGGGAGCAGCGUGCAUAUAUUGACUAUUGUUGGGAGCAAGGCCGUUCCUGAGCUCUGUAUAUUACACUGAGAUAGAAUGCGCAUGUUUCCCUUGGUCCUAGAAAGGUUUUGGAGUUUGACGCUGUGCAAGCUGUCACAAGUGGGUGCUUUUAUGUGUCAGUGCAUGUGCAUGCGUGUGAGUUCUGGGUGCAUGACCAUGUGGGAACCCAGGCCCAAGAACAGAGACAAGACGUGUAUCACUCUGGUGUUUGGAUGUGUAGAUCAUGACGAGACCUCAUGAAGACACCUGCUUUGUUUGUGUUGCUGCGCAGCUUCAAAUAUGAUGUAUCAUUAUGAUAUGAUUGUUGGCGCUGAUCUGAGUCCAUUGGGUGCAUAGGCCAGCGGCACCAUUGUGGACUCAACAAGGAAUUGUUUGCCCUGUGAUGGGCGUCUGGUUGACCUGUGCAGCCUCUCACCAUGUUGCAGUUUGUGGCUUACUAAGUUUGUGGCCUUGAAGGCUUCAAGGUCUACCAAGUUUGUGGGAUGACUUACUGUCCUUUUUUCUCAAUGCGUGCACGCGUCAAUCCUGUAAUUUUCGUGAUACACAU